AUGACGGAGAUUGCUGCUAACUCCGACGACCAGAAGAGGUCUCGGCGACCCUUAGUGCAGGGUCGGUUCCGAGGCGGAUGGCUUCCGCCUGACGCCAUCAUUGAUACGGGCCAGACUGACCAGAAAGUUAAAAUGCUCCGACUCGAUGGGAUACAGAUCUCUGCAGAUUCCGGAUCAGCCUGUCGGAUUUCGACGCAGAUCGCGACUAGUUCGGCCUUCGGAAGCGCCAGCAACACGAUUUGGCCUACUUGCGCACAGACGGCCGGCAUGGGCAUAAACUUGCCUGCCCAGCAGAGGCUUAGAGACACUCCAUGGACCAGGUUGGUCAAUGGGAAGAAACAGACUGAAUGCCGAUUCGGAGGAUACGGUUGCGUAGGCACAAAUCGACAGAGGGCCGGCUUCAACGAAGGCCCGGUUGGGCGAAAAUUGACAAAUAGGCCAAAAGAUACCCCAGCCUGGGCUGAAAGCUGCACUCAGACGGACGGAAUCUGGGCCUUUGAUGAAAAAGGGACGCAGCCUAACCGGCUGGAUCAGGCAUCAAGUCACUAG